UUGGUUAGAAUGAAGUACAAUAUGGUGAGGAUGCAUUGCAGUAGGCAACAAUGGAGUUUCUUCCUUUUCAUGGGUUUUUAUCUUGUGGAAUUGUGUAAUUACUAUUUGUUACAGUGAUGUUGAAUGAGAAACGUUCGUUUUUUAGAGAAAUGAGAACCGUUUUAGUGUUAAACAGAAUUAAGAAAUUGUUAACUUAUUAGUGUCUACUGAUUUAUUAAAUUAGGGGCCCACCACUUGAGUUAAGGGUGUAGUUAACUCACCGGAAAAGUUAAUGAGGUCCUUAAAGGUGAAAAAAAACUUAUGAGGUCCUUAACGGUGAAAAAAUUCAAACGUGAGUCCCUAGUUGUAUGCUUAACUCGAAGUUAACCCCUCAAAGUCUUCUCUUCUCUCACUCCUCCUCAAUCCUAGAGAGAGAAAAAGAAAGAGAAAAAGAAAGAGAAAAAUUUUUUAGAGAGAGAAACUCAAGAACAGAAGUCUGUUGCGGCUGAUAGAAACUUAUACUGGGGUGCAUUGUCCCCAUUGAUGUUACGCAGUAAAGGCUCUCAAAAUUUCAAGCAUAGAGCAAAUGCCAUCACUAAGGAUGAAGAUGAAGUCAAGUGUUUGUUGUGUGAAAGAGAAAACCUGUCUGCGAGUAAGUCACAAGUCAAGCACAAUAUCCAAAAAGUCGUAUGACAAGACUUCUCAGAUAGCAGCUGAAGCUGACACUUGCUGUCAGAGCUGCCACGAAGUAUCACCAAACAGUGAAGUAAAUAUCCAAGACACUGGAAAUAUUGAAGCUACGAACUCUGAUGAAUUGCAAAGCAGUGAAGAUAUCUUUAAGCAGCUAGCCAUCUCUUUCAAUGAUUCUGCAGUGAUUGAGGGAAUGGAAUUACCCCCAGUCUCAUGCUCCACAAAUUUUGGGACAAUCUUCUCCCCUGCCUUUCAUAAAUUUGAUGUUCGGGAUAUUCAAAAUCCAUACAGUAAUGGAGGAGCUAAUAUUCAUCCAGAUCCAUUUUAUUUCAGCACGGUAGAUGAAAGUGAUGGUUCAACAUUUGAUGCGAGUUUCAUGUGUGGUGAUAUUGCUGAGAAGCUCACUAUUCCUAUGCAUGAGGCAGCAGCGUCUAACAUCUUCUUGGACGGUAACGAAAGACACAUAACUUUUCCCUUCCUUGGUGAUUCUGUGGAGUUGAGUGAAAUUCUACAUUCACGACCAGCUGAAGAAGCGAGGAUGGACUCUGAUAACUCAAGCUUUUUGUUAGCUAUCCAUCAGGUUCGUCCUGGUGAACAAGAAGCAGAUCGUAGAUCUUGUGAUGACUCAGAUGUGGCACAAUAUUUUGAUCCACACUCCUUCAUUAGAAACUUGCCUGACCUGUCAGAGGUUGUACCUAGUACUCGUCCAACUAUUUUGCCAAAGGAAUCACGGAAAAGAAAGCCCAUUACUUUAGUACUUGACUUAGAUGAAACCCUUGUCCACAGUACAUUGGAACAUUGUGAGGAUGCAGAUUUUACCUUUGCAGUUUUCUUCAACAUGAAGGAGCAUACUGUGUAUGUAAAAGAAAGACCUCACCUCCGGAUUUUCUUGAAGAAAGUUGCAGAGAUGUUUGAAAUUAUUGUUUUCACUGCUAGUCAAAGCAUAUAUGCAGAACAACUUUUGGACAUACUGGAUCCUGAUGGGAAGCUUAUCUCUGGUCGACUUUAUCGGGAAUCAUGCAUUUUCUCUGAUGGAAGUUAUACUAAAGACUUGACAGUGUUAGGUCUUGAUCUUGCUAAGGUUCUGAUAGUAGAUAAUUCCCCUCAGGUUUUCAGGUUACAAAUCAAUAAUGGAAUUCCUAUAAAGAGCUGGUUUGAUGACCGAUCAGACAAUGAGCUAAUGUCAUUAGUUCCAUUCCUGGAGAACAUGGCUGAUGUUGAUGAUGUGCGCCCUCUUAUUGCAAAGAAAUUCGGUAACAAGGAAUAAAAGUCCCUUGUUCUCUCAUUUUAUUUAGAGUUCAUCGCUGAUUAACUCUUUCAUCACCCCAUUUUUGCAAAAGCAAGCAACCAGUCAGAUGCGCCAUUCCUAUUUAUCUUUCUUGCCAUAGUUAUGUUAAAUAAUUAGUUUUCUGCUUGAGGUAGGUUUUCUGUCUGUCUUUGUUCCUCUCUUCUCCUGGCUACAACCUGAGUAUAUGAUUGAUUUCUAAGGUAGUUCCAGGAACACUUUUAAUUACGUUCUUGUACAGUUAAAGAUGCUAUUAUUUUGCUUGAAAUUUGUAAAUAAUGUGGAAAUAUUCUUCAGUCCUUUAUGAACCAUUAGAUAUCAAUGAUAGACAUGCCUAAGAUGAUUCUUUUGGGUAUGAUUUGAAUUCAGAAACAAGUGUUGAUAUCAUUUUAAUUGAUAGAGUAGUAUAUAGUAGCGGCUCAAAUAGCCAAUUGCAUUUGUUUUGAUUGCAAUAAUAAGGCAGCCCAAAAUAUCGAACUGGUCUUUGCUAGUUAACACCUUAAAUAGGGCUUCCAUCCACUAAGCUUCACCAUGCAUGGGGUUUCCUUAUUGCCUUACCUGAAUACGUUUCUAUUCACAUCAUCUUGCAAAAAAGAAAAGAAAAGAAAAGGGAAGAUAGAGAAAAAAGAAAAGGAGAGUAAAAUGGAGGGGAAAAAAACAAAAGAACACGGAGAAAGCACCAAAAAAGAGUUAGCCAAGGUUUGGUGAGGCGUUGACUUGAAGAUCAGCAAGAGUAAAAAGUAUGUACCAUGCAGCUGUGCCCCCCGAAAGGGAAAGAAAGAAAAAUGAAAAGAGAUCAGAAGAAAGGGUAAAGAAAGAAAGUGGGAAGAACUAUAGGAGAUAAGGGAAAUGUGUUUUUCUUACAGUGUUGUGCAUAUUAAUUUUGAGUUUUCACCUCCUUUUUAUUUUUAUUUGCAAACAGUUCUCUUGUGUGCUUCCUUCUUAAAGAAUCAUCCCUCCUCCUUGGGGGGAGGGGGUGAAAAUUAAGUUGGCUGGUUGAUAUAUAUUUAGAAAAAGUCUGUUCUUCAGUUUGUGAAUUUUGAAGUUGUUGAGCAGUUAAGUGUGUACCUCUUGGUAAUUAGUUGUUGCAUUUGGAUAAUUGGUCCUAUUUAAUCUAACAAACUUGCAAGUAUUUGACAUGUUUAGACAAGGAUGAAUUUGUAACUGGAAAUUCAGUUUACAGACAUCAAACUGUAUGCGAGUGUCAAUUUGGAUGUUUGUUUGUAAACUGUAAGCUAGCAUGUCAUAGAAAUAGAACAAACAGUCGACACAAUAUUUUUCUCUAGGAGUAGAUCUUGUCUAAACUAGUGUAUUAUUGAAGCUUGUCUUAUAAGCCAUGAAAGCACCGUUUGAGCAAAGUCUGACAGAUCUUUUGUCCUCAAUUAGUACCUAAAAAAGAUGUGUUGAUUGUGAUGGUUGAUCCUCGUUAGGGUUGUUUGUAGUCUUUUGAGAGGAAAUUUGGGGUAUUAGUGUGAGAAUAAUUUGUGGUUGAGGCCCCAUGUCAGUAACACUUUAUAGGUUAGGUUGUACAAGAACUUUAAUCUGUUAAACAGUACUACAGCUGCUGAAUGGCUCUGGAUUUGUAGAGAAAAACAAGAUGAACCAGCUCAUGAUGUUCUACACCGAUUUAGAUAAUGUAAGUUUUGUUUUUGUUGUUGUUUUGUUUUGUUAAACUGUAUGAUUUACAGAUUUUUUUUACUCCGGGUGAUCUGGUGACUGCAUGCUUUCUUUAGCUGUAUAAUUGUCUUAUUCAUGUAUAGAAUCUAUAGCUUCCAUCGCCAGUUGGCGAGUGCUGUUAUUGAAAUAUUUAUAAACUGGUAAAUGUACAAGUUCAGGCUUAGACUAACAAGAAAAGGGACAGGAAUCAAUUAAGGUGCUAUUUUACAAGUUUACAACUUCUGUAGUAAUCAAUUUACCAGCAGGCUGCUUGCCUGCCUGGCUUUAAGAAUCUGGAUAUUUGGCCUUGAACUCUCUAUGAUCCUGUCUUAUCAUCUCCAGAGCUUGUAUGACAAACUUUUUCCAGGCUGUCUUCUUUUUGUGCUUCUUCUAAGAAAUUAUGCUGAUAAAGCCCAUGCCAGAUCUUGAUUGUUGGAGUUGUAGUCUCUGUAUAUGCUUAAAGCUAGGAAGAGAUGUAACUUGGGGAUUUUCUGACACAGAGGAAAGGUCUGAAAGAAAAACUCUAGAGUGGUUUUCUGACUGAAGUUUACGUGUUUUGAGUUGCUGUAUCAGGAUCGUCUUUGACAUACCUUAAUGUGGUAAUGUUGGAAUAAACCCAUAAUAUGAAAUUCCAAGUCCCUUUUCCCCUAAUUUUAUGGUUUUUCUGUACAAAUGUGUGGAUUAAUAUAAUUGAGGUGUUAUAGUAAAAAUCAAAUUGUCAGGUAAGGAUUUCAUACCCUUGUUGGAGUUUGAGUCAAUAACCACGUGAACGCCAUUCUGUAGUACCAUUUUCUUCUCAAAAGAGAACUAGAACUUAGCUUGGAAUAGCAAGCAUUCCAGAAUAAUCAUGAACCCAAAUUAAAAAACCUCAAAACAAGUAAAGAAAAGCAGUGAUACAGGAAAGGGACGUACUUGAGUCUCUCUGUUACUGCUCCUGCUCUUUGAAGCUCUUUCUGAAGGCCUCUCAUAGAUAAUCAGCUCAACAUAUGGUGUUCUCAUCUUUCUGUAUAGUGGAAGAUAUUUUGUUGAUGAAAAGCCCUGCCAGAUUGAACAGUUGAAGCUGGUAUUUUGCAGCUCUUAGCCACUCAUGAUAGCACCGUUUCCAAACACAAGCCUACUUAUUAUAUUGCUUGAAAACCACAUAACAAAGUGCUCGAGGCAGCAACAUCAAGGUUCAGGUUUGUGAGCUUAGGCAUCCAUGAGAUGCUUUCUAGUAUCAUCGAUCUCAGGUUCCUGAAGCUCUCUUUAACUGUUUUGUUGUUUGCUUGAUUAGAAUUAGGUGGCGGGGAAGCUAUAGUCCUAUUCUUAGCUUUUCUUGAUGUAGAAGAGAGCCUCUCAUUAAGGGUAAUAUAAGUUAAGAGUAUUAUAAUGUGUCCAUACUAAUGAAAUUCCAUUUUAGUGUUUGAUGAGACUGUCAUUUUUACUGGUCUUGUUUUCUUGAUGAAGUUUCAUAAGAGAGACCUGUUCUUAAUAGCAGAUGCCAGUUGAUAUUCUGUAAGUGAAAAUGAUUUGUCAGAACCAUAAUUUCUGCAGUUUACUAGCUUGCAUGCAUUAUUGCAGGUUAUAUAGAGAUCUUAAUGGACUAGCUACAUAUGCAAAUAAUACCGUACUAGGUACGCCAAAUCAAAUUUCCGUCAUUUUUGUUGACUGUCAUAAUGCUGAUGGCCAUCGGCAUUUUGUUUUGUUUCCCUACAAUUGUGUUUGUUUUACAUUUGUUGUAAUCUUGCAUACCCUAAACAGAAGUUGCCUAACUCCAGAGAGAAACCUUGAGACGCUACAUCUUUUUCUAAACCUUUUGUCUGUCUUGCAAUUGCCCAUUUUGGGGCGAAAGUUCCGGUGGGCAUCUUCCUUGGCCAAUGUAAUGUGUAGAUUACAGAGGAUGAGCACAAUCUUUUUCUGAUGGGUGAUUUUUUAUUAUAAUAUAAUAGAUGGUUCAGUUUUGUAAUUUGGAUUGUGGAUUUAAGCUCGUCCACCAGUUUCUUAGUUAUGAAUUGUGACGGAUUUAAUUUGAUUUUCUUUAUUAUUGUGUCUAGCCUUCUGAUAUUUGAUGUAGUAUGACUAAUUUUGUUAUUACUCAGAUGUUAAUGUAGUGCAACUAAAUUUGUUGGGUUUA